AAUCAGUAGGAAUUUCCUACUGUUUAAGUAUCUGACUUCAAUCGCUAAUACGUUAUUUUUAUUGUUAGAUACUAUGUCCUUGGACUGGGAAUUUGACUCCUUUAAUAAAGAAAGUAGUGGACAAACAACAGCUUCAGGAAUUCAAAAAGUUACGACAGUACGCAGCAGAACCGUCCACAGUAGGCUAACAAUGUUAUAAAAACAUCUCAUUGCGGAAAUAAAAUCUUAACAUAUUCUUACUUAUUGAUUUUUUAAAUCGUUUGUUUUGCUUUCGUGUCUUCUAACGAUAGAUAAUUUUUCCGACGAUGAAGGUGCGAACAAUAACAAACAAGAGAAAUCGGAAAUUCUUAAGAUACUGAAGAUGCAGCAACGACAAAUUAAUGCCAUCGCCAAGGGCAGCGUUUAUGACGCUGCUGAAUCCAGUGCUGUUAUGGAAGAGAUGCUUCAACUUGAUUCAAUUAAGAAAUAUUUUGAUUUUCAAGAAAACAUCAAGCGAAAGGAACUUCAGUUAGAUUUGAUGAAUGUUAUAAGAAGAAUAGGAGGGGCAAACCUUAAAGGUAUAGUCAGAGGAGCGUUAGUCAUGGUCCUUAGUGACAAGGUCGCUCGCAAGUUAAACUGGGAAGGCGGAAUUAAGCAAAAUCGUUCUGAAAAGUACAGAUUUGGUGAUUCACCUCUGCAAAUUGCAAUGUUUAAAGCCAUCAAAUCCAUUCCAGCCGUUCAGUUUUCGACCACAUUUGAAAUAAAGGCUAUUGUGACGAAGUGGCUGAGCAAAGUUCCGGAGAAAGUCACAAAUGCGGAAAAGAAACAAGAACGUAUACGUCAACGUUAAAUGCUUGCUUCCGUGCUUAAAUGCUAGUCUUUGUUUUACUCAAUUUGUUAUUAUAUUUAAGAAGAUGGACAAAGGAGUUUAUUGUCCUCAAAUUUUGAUUUUUUAAAUCUUGUCAAUUUAUUCUUUGAAAUAAAGCCCUUUGGGCGCCUUCGGGA